UCAACCUUUCGAAGUCGGGGCAAUUUGCGGCAGAAACGACUCGGACAUGUCUUGGCUAUGUAUAGCUCAGUGGGUGUCAAGGAUGACAUGACAGCAGUGCAGUGAGGGAUAUCGCGAACCCGAUCGAAUGGGAUCAGCUUGGCCCGGGCGUAAUUAUGGCGAAGAAGGCCGCUGCUCCGUGGCUGCUCCCGUUCAGAUCAGUCGCCAGCCUGUCGCCUUCUCGCUUAAGCCCCGCAAUCGCACAGUCUGACAUCACUCUUACCGUGACCAUCGCCCUCAAUGCACGUCGCAACGUCCGCGAAGGUAGGCAACAACAGGAACGCAUAGCCGCGCUACAAGCGGAGGUGGACGAACUCCAACAGAAGUUAGGCGAGAGCGAGGAUGCUGGAAAGUUAGUCUCAAGGCACAUCAAGCUCUUGCAUCGGUACAAUGAGGCAAAAGAUGCCGCCCAGAUAUUGAUGGGUAGAUUGGCUGCCAAUCGGCAGACUACAAUCCGACAGAUUCACAAGGACUACGGACUCACUCAAGAUGACUAA